AUGAGCAUUCUCGAUAAGAUAGGCAGCAUGGCCUCCAUGGCAGGGCUGCCCGACCUGCCGGAUGUUCCACUGUCACUUGCGGCCCCAGCUGCUGUCGCGACGCUUGCCUACCUGAACGCGAAACUGGGGAUAUCGUACGAUCUAGGCAUCAUAUCUUCAUAUGCGAGGGCGGUCAUACGAGGAGCUCUUCGAGACAGAAGCAGGAAGUGGAAUCACUUUUACCUGCUGGAGGAGUUUGCCUUGAACCCGAAGAAGGCGCACGAGGUCUUCUUGGUAUAUCAGGGCAAGGAAUGGACGUACAGGCAGACCUACGACACGGCCCUUCGCUAUGGGAACUGGUUCAGGAACACCCAUAACGUCAAGCCGGGAGAGGUCGUCGCGAUAGAUUUUAUGAAUUCCGCAACAUUCAUAUUCAUCUGGAUGGGGCUAUGGAGCGUUGGCGCACUUCCGGCCUUUAUCAAUUAUAAUCUGACGGCCGCCCCAUUAACUCACUGCGUCAAGGUGUCUACCGCGAGACUGUUCCUGGUCGAUGAUGAGGUCAGGGCCGCCGUUCCUCCGGAGCUAGUUGAAAAACUGGGAGCUCUUGAUUUCAGAGAGAAAGGCGGUGCUGUUAAGGUUGUAUUCCAUGACGAGAGCUUGCAGGCCGAGAUACUACGACGAGAACCCUGGAGAGCUCCCGAUGCGGAUCGACAAAAUCAAGAACGAGCUGAUCCAGGUAUUCUCAUCUAUACCAGCGGUACCACAGGCCUACCCAAGGCGGCUAUCAUCUCUUGGGGCAAGCUUCUACUGGCCGGAACAUUUGUUUCCAACUGGCUUGGACUGAGGAAAACCGAUCGUGUUUACACGUGUAUGCCACUCUAUCAUUCCACGGCUGCCGUCCUUGGCUUCGUUGGCUGCUUAGCCAGCGGAACUAGUCUUGCCAUUGGCCACAAGUUCUCUGCCUCGGGUUUCUGGGAUGAUGUGCGAAACAACAACGCCACCAUCGUGCAAUAUGUUGGAGAGACCAUGCGCUACCUCCUAGCAGCUCCAGUCAAACGGGACCCUCACACGGGUGAAGAUCUUGACAAGAAGCAUAACGUGCGACUGGCAUUUGGAAAUGGGCUACGGCCGGAUGUCUGGGACCGGGUCAAGGAGCGAUAUGGAAUCGCAACCAUAGGAGAGCUUUACUCCGCGACGGAAUCAACCUCGGGAGCAUGGAACCUGUCAUCCAACAGCUUCAGCGCUGGUGCCAUUGGCCGAUCGGGCGCAAUAGCUGAUUUGAUCCUCGGCAGCUCUGCCGCUAUCGUCAAGCUGGACCAUGACACGGAGUUGCCCUGGCGUGAUCCAAAGACCGGACUGUGCAAAAGGAUGCCGAGAGGCGAGCCUGGAGAGCUCCUCUAUGCUCUAGAUGCGCAGAAUAUCAAGGAAAAGUUCCAGGGAUACUUCAACAACCCCGGCGCCAGCGAUACCAAAAUCCUGCGUGACGUUCUCAAGAAAGGCGACGCUUGGUUCCGCACCGGCGAUGUUAUUCGCUACGAUCCCGAAGGGCGAUGGUUCUUCUCUGAUCGCAUUGGCGACACGUUCAGAUGGCGUGGAGAGAACGUCUCGACUAACGAAGUUGCUGAAGUCCUGGGGUCUCACCCUGAGGUCUAUGAGACGAAUGUGUAUGGAGUCCUGCUGCCCCAUCACGACGGCCGCGCUGGCUGUGCUGCCCUGGUCAUGAAUGGAGUUGAGCCCGAUGCCGAAAAGUUAGAGCCAUCUGCAGCCUUUCUCUCGUCGCUGGGCGAGCAUGUCACCAAGAACCUGCCCAAGUACGCAACCCCAUUGUUUCUCCGUGUAACUCGCGUGCUAGAAAUUACGGGAAACAACAAGCAGCAAAAGACUGUGCUGCGCGCAGAGGGCGUGGAUCCCAAUGUUCUAGAGAGCAAUAAGAGCAGAGACCGUCUUUACUGGCUAAGAGGGAAGACGUAUGUGCCAUUCGAGAAGAAGGAUUGGGAGAAGCUGAAUGCCGGCCAGGUCAAGCUGUGA